CAAAGGAAAAGCCUCCCGCAUAAGCAGCAAGGAGAAGCCCGAGAGGCAUUUAAUGCAAGUCCCCCCCAACCCCCCUUAUUUUUCUUUUUUUUUUUUUUAAAAAAGGCUUAAUUCGAAUCCUUUCCACUGACGAUCAGUUUUGCAUGCUGAAGAUCAGUCGCAGCGCCAUCCUAGGCAGGUCUACUCUGGAGCAAGCUCCGUGGGGUUUGCUCCCAGGUAAGUGUGCGCAGGAUUGCAGCCUUAAUGCGGAUUAGCGGCCCCCUUCGUGCAGGCUGGACCAUUGCCCGGCCGUGUUUGCGGUGGGAAAGCUCUUCUGUAGCAAAAGUGGACAGGUGCUGUUGUUUUGUUUCAAAGAAGACUUUUGAGGAUGUGGCUGUGUGAGUUUCAUGGAAGUGUGAUGAAGAUCUGAUGCACUCAGACAGAUGAAUUCUAUCCUGGGUGGUCCUGCAAGAAAAUCACAGGAAUAUGGCCUCUCUGGAAUUUCCUAACGUGACCAUAAAGCUGGAAGACGAAGAUGAGAUGCUAUGGCUCCCGAAUAACCAGGGAUCAGAGGAUAUUAAGAAUUCCCCAGGCGACCGCUCAGGAUUCCCUGUUCCUAAAACUGAAGUGGUCCAUGGCGGAGAUCCUUGGAUCCCAGAGCCUGUUUUGGAGGAAAAAGAGAUCCCAGCAGACUACGGCUCGGAGCUUCCGGAUGUGAUAAUUAAGUUGGAACAAGAAGAGGUGCCGUACGUUCCCUGCCGCCCGGUUUCGGAGGCCAGUGUGACAUUCCAGGCGGCCCACUCAGGAGAUGGACGCGACAGAAUAUUCAUGGGAGAAAUGCCAUAUUACUCAGGCUUUGGGAGAAGCUUCGGCGACAAACAAGGCCUUAUCAAACACGAGAGCCAACACCCCGCAGAGAAACCGCACAAGUGUUCCUGCUGCUCUAAAAGCUUCAUGAAAAGAUCCAACCUUCGCACACAUGAGAGAAUCCACACGGGAGAAAAGCCAUUUCGGUUGCUCCGAGUGCGGGAACAGCUUCAGCGACGGAUCCAGCCUUAUUCGGCAUAA